UUUUAUAGCCUCUACUCCUGACUUUUGAAUUAGUCUGAAAAAAUUUUAAUCGGAAGUAAAAAAUUCUCAGUGCAAUUGAAUAGUCUUUCUUCAAUGCAACAUGGCAUUAUCACUACCGGAAUUUCUGAUAAUAUGUGGAAGUAUUUUCCUAGUUGGAUUUCUGUUUCUGGAGGUGGUUAAUUGGGGGAAGGUCAUAUCUUCCCUUGGGAGCCAUGACGAUUUGCAAGUAACGGUUGUUGAAGACACUGAAGAAGAGGAUGACCAUGGAAGUUUAUCGGGAAAGGAAAGCGAGAGUUUUGAAUCACCAGUGAAUAUCGUACCUCGUCAAGCUGUUGUAAUUGAAGUUUCUGAGCCGUUCAAAUGGAAUGGAUACAAGAUUCCGCCAGUUGCAAUGACAAUGUUUUGUAGGGAAGACACAGUGAUUAUCCAGCCAUUUUGGAUUCACGACAUAGCUCCGACUAUUUCCGGAGGUCCUCUGACACACCGUCAUCACCUCCUGUACAUUUCUCUCCAUUGGGGAGUGUCUGAUCAAUCCGGAAGUGAACAUUCAAUCGAUCAAAUCAACUAUCCCCUUGAAAUGCAGCUUGCGCACGUGAAACAGGUCAACGCUCGGGAAAACAUCGAGGAACAUUCAGAUGACGCUGACGCAACUAUUGUAUCAUAUCUUUUCCAAAUAAAAGAAAAUGAUAAUGAGCUAUUGAAUCCGAUUAUAAUGAAUGUCUGCAGACUCCAAGAAUCAACUAGCAAGGUUUACAUACCCCCCUUUCAGCUGGACUCUGUUUUUCCAUUAUUCCCGAGAAAAUUUUACAGUUACACCGAUAAGCUGAAUCCUCCAGUCGGGAAAAUCGUGAUGCGGCUAAUUUAUCCGGAGCCAUUGUCUGUCUCGUCAUCUCAAAUGACCGAACUGCGGAAGAUUUCCACCGGAAGCUCUAGACCCAAGAGGAGCUUCGGUCCAGAAGAUCUCUACUACCACGAAUAAAUGCACCAAUUAAAGAACCCAAGUAAUUACAUCUUUACACGAAG